AUGGCCCUCCACAUUGCAUCACCGUCACCCGCACCAUCCAUCAUGCGCCUCACCACAGAUCAACGGCUCCGGUGGGAGCUCCUGACCGUCCGAUCUCCGACCGAUGGCUUGUUUCCUCAGUGCAAGAAUGUGCGGGUGCAUGCGGUCCUGCGUCGGUCGGCGGAUUACAAACCGAGCAUAUGGGGCAACAAUUAUAUACAGUCGUUGCCGUGCGUCGAGGCUAUAGAGAGGGACACAAAGAGAUUGGACGAGUUGAAGGAGGAAGUGGGGCUCAUGAUAGAUGAGGAAACAAUGGUUGUUGAUGAUAAGCUUGAGCUCAUUGAUGCAAUACAACAACUCGGGAUUGGUUAUCACUUUGAGAAGGAGAUAAAGCAUGCACUGGACUCUAUGUUUAGCAAAUUAGAUGACUUACGCAUGGAGACGAAGGAUAAUGCCUACAUAAUUGCACUCUUAUUCAGGCUUCUUAGAGGACAUGGAUUUAUAGUUUCACAAGAUAUUUUUGAUCAGUUUAAAGAUGAGAAGGGCAGCUUCAAAUCCAACUUGAGCAAUCAAAUUAAAAGUUUGUUGAGUUUGUACGAGGCUUCUUAUCUGGCAGUGGAAGGAGAAGAUACGCUGAAUGAGGCUCGCGACUUUACAAUUCGACACCUCAAUAAUUUCUUAUUAGAUUCAUUAGAUGAUAACUGUAAGUUAAGAGAUUACGUGGCUCGUGCAUUGGAGCAACCACUACACUGGCGCAUGGAGAGAUUGCACACGAGAUGCUUCAUCGAUGAAUAUGAGAAAGAAGAGGAGAUGAGACCUCAUCUUCUCGAGUUCGCGAAGUUGGACUUCAAUGCGGUUCAAAACACGUACAAGAGAGAGCUCAAGGAAGUGUCAAGAUGGUGGUUCAAUCUGGGGUUAUGGGAGAAACUUCCCUUCAGCAGAGAUAGAUUGAUGGAAAACUAUCUAUUCACUGUCGGGUGGGCUUUUGAGCCGAAGCUUUCGACCUUAAGGCUAGCACAUACAAAGGCUAACUCUUUCGUAACAGCAAUCGAUGAUGUCUACGAUGUUUACGGCUCCCUCGGCGAGCUCCAGCUUUUCACAGAAGCAGUUGACAGAUGGAAUGCACUUGAUAUUGAGCAAUUACCGGAGUACAUGAGAAUAUGUUUCUUAGCACUCUUCAAUGCAACAAAUGAUAUAGCUUAUGAGGUUAUGAAAGAGAAAGGUUUCAAUAUUCUUCCGUACCUAAAGAGCGCGUGGACGGAUCUAUGCAAAGCAUAUUUGGUGGAAGCAAAAUGGUACGACAAGAGCUACAUACCAACACUGGAGGAGAACUUGCAAAAUGGAUGGUUAUCCAUGUCCGGCCAUGUUGUUCUAUCUUAUACUUAUUGUCUUGCUCCAAAUCUCACUCAACAAGAUCUAGAUCUCUUCCAGGAUUAUCCGGAAAGCGUGCGGUGGUCAUCGAUGAUUGCCAGACUUUGCAACGAUCUCGGUACAUCCAAAAUUAAUUGUCUCUCUGAGACUACUGGUAGUCAUUUCGAGCUAAACAUUGAGUCCGUUGGCACGUCUCUAAGAUAG